GGCGAAGGGGGUCGGUGGCGUACCCUGGACCCGAAGCAUCGGUCGAGGCCGGUUUCGUGGAGGGGGAAGAGAUCGGGAAAUGAUGGUGAGAUCCAUCCUGACAAGAUGACCAGAGCCCUGAGCAGGUGCGGUGCUGCCCCGUGUCCCCGAUGCCGGCAUUUAGUGGGCAGCGGGCGGGACGGGGCAGUGUGCGCUGCCCGGCCGUGCCCUGCGCGAAAGGCGGCGGGGCUGCGCUGAGCGGCACCCGCAGGGACCCUCGCCCUGCAGGAAGCUGCAACGCGCUGCAGCCAAUGUCAGCCCCGUGCCCUUCCCUCGCCGCCGGCCGCAGCUGGUGCAGCAUCCAAAUCCUGCCAUGUGCAGGUCGCUAAUGCAGGCGCUAACAAGAGUUGACCUAUGUCGCUGUUUCUACCUCUGUAGUUGUUACUGUGACAGUCCCGACUUUCAGAGACUGUUUCAGAGGUGUUUGGAAAUGCAGUUCUAAACUCUUUCACAGACACGCAGAAAAAAAUAGCCAGAAUGUUUUUUAGGGGACUUUUCCUAAAUCUUAAGGAUGAUAAACAGAGAAGACAAAAGAAAUGAAGACAGAAGGUUAAAACAAAACCUCUCAUCUGAGAUUUGACCUCAGAAGGGAAAUCCUGGAAGGAAAGCCAUUGCAGAGAAGAAAUAAAAGAAGGAAGUGUCUGUGUGACAAGAAAGCCACUUAACAAUGAAAAAAUUUACACUCUUUGAUUUUGUAAAUGAUAAUUCACUGCAAAUUGGAGAGACUUCAUGGAUACAGGACCUUCCCUGUGAUGACAAUGAACUAGAAAGGCUUCUGAAGCCUAAUGAGCACGUACUAGUAAACUGGCCUGUGGGAGAAAGAAAGACAGAAAAGCACCUGGUGAAAGUUGUGUACAUGAGUGAUGACCCCCAAGAGCUAGUGGAAAUGAUGCAAAAGAUAUUACGAGCAGAUGAAAUUACAAAAAUACAAGUCCUUGGAAAAGGCAAGAGGAAGAGGAUAGAAAUGAUAUUCUCAGAAAGUGAGGACAGUGACCUGGAUAAAGAAAAGGGGAAGAUGAUGAAACAUAUAAAAAGAAAGAAAUCGUUGCAGGCACCUGCUCCUGCCAACAUCCUGAGUCAACUUGAAACAUCUUUAAUUAACAAACAGAGAGAACCAUACUCAGGAAGCAACUUUCUAUAUAGUGAAAGUAGCAGUGAUGAUGAAGAGCCUUUAUUUCAACUCUCCAAGGUGGAACUAUGUGCCAAAAUUAAAAGUCUCAAGAGGAAGCUGACAGAUACCAUGAGAGAAAACUGCCGCCUAAGGCAGUCCCUGGUCAUGCUUCAAGUGUUGCCACAGGCAGUCACUCAUUUUGAGGAACUGGUAGGGAUGGCUGAAGCACUGCUCAAAGGGGGAGUGACAUCAUCUACGUCCAGUCUGCAUCCACAUGCUGUUUGGAAGGCAUCUCACAAUCCAUUAGCAGAUUCCUAUGCAGCUAUGCAUAGUAACUCCAGCUCACCAAUAACUUUGAAUGUGGAAGAAGAGGAGCAACAGACUGAAAAACAGUUCAAGAUCGAAAAGUGGCAGAUUGCACUUUGUAACAAGAGCAAACCUCAAAAAUUUAUAAAUGACUUGAUGCAAGCACUUUAUACACAUGAAUACAUGGCUACACACAGCCUGACAGGUGCAAAGUCCUCCUCUUCAAAGGAUAAAGCGGCAAAACCAGCUAUGAAUCAGAAUGAAGUUCAGGAAAUCAUAGGAAUCACAAAACAGUUGUUUCCAAACACAGAUGAUGCUUUAAUCAGGCGAAUGAUGGGACAAAAAUUGAACAAUUGCACCAAGAAGCCAAUUUUAAGCAAAGAUCUUAACUCAGGUGCUUUUCAGAAACAUAGCUUUUGCGGUUCAACAGCUGCUCCUCAGGGCAUCAUCUCUUCGGCUGUUCCUCCUUGUACACAAGACCAGCAGGAUGAUGAUUCACCAGCUGCUAAUGCACAACUUCAGCAAAAUGACAGCUGCCUGACUCCUCCACCUCCCACCCCAGAAGGUUUCCAGCAUGCUGACAUGGGAAGGAGUGAAUGCUUGGGACUAUGGCUUUCCUGUUUGAGUGUACUUCUCCCAGAACUGAAAGUACUAUUAGCUGAAUCUACAACAAACAUGGCAAACAAGCAACUAACAAAUCAGAUUGGAAAAAUGAAGUGACAUUAAGUUGAAGAAAUCUAGCUUGAUUUAAGGAAGAUUUCAGGACAUCUGAGUUACAGAAAUAAAAUAGAAAUAAUAUAACAAAAAAAAUCUGAAGAUAAAGUUGUCAGCCAAAUACUGUUGAAGGGAAGUGCGGCAAAUCUAACUGCUCUAGUGCAAGGUAAUAAUAGACUGCACUGUGGAGAAGACUUGUUUGUGAGCUGGGGUACAAAUUAAGUGAUUUUCUAUCCUUUUUCAUCUCUCACCUAACAAUUCCUUGUAGAUAGGAUCAGGAUGAAAGCAUGUAUGAAAUAUGUUAGUUCUAUCUCAUGCUAUUAACUACCACCUAUAAAAUGUAACAGAAGGAAAUUUGCUAUUAUGUAAAUUUUGUAUAUGUAAUUGUAUGUACAGCAUAUAUAAUAAUGUAUAUAGUUAAUCAUAUUUUUGAAGUGAAUUUCUAUCAAAUAAAAUGAAAUAUUACUA